ACCAUUUCAUUCCUUCCCGAGAACACUACCGAGAUUCGUUCCCAUAUUGGUUUCCUUCGUCUCCAGGCAGGCGAUCAUGAUUUCUGUCAUAAAUUAGGUUGUCAAAAAAAAUGUUCUGUUGAAGCCUUCAAGCUCUAAUCGAAAGUGGCCGUGAGCAAUUGUUUUCCCUUUUUGUCGGAUUUUCACUAUAGAUUGAAAGUUGAAACAUACUCAACUUGUUUGUUCGUGCUUGAAUCCACUGAUUUACGGAUUUUUAUGUUCGUCUCUCGGUUUCAAUUUCUGUAUUGCAAGCUGAUUCUUGAAACACCAAAAUGCCCCCAACAAAAAAAGGUAAAGCUAAAGCCAAGUCAACAGAGUCAACGCCUCCACCACCUUCUACAACCAAAUUCCCUGGAUGCAUGCGAUUUAUCCCCCCUUCAUCUGUAGCUAUCACCAUACAUGCCAAACCUGGUUCUAAAGUUGCCACCAUUACAGAUUUUGAUGAUGAUGCUUUAGGAGUACAAAUUGAUGCACCUGCAAAGGAUGGUGAAGCCAAUGCUGCACUCCUUGAUUUUAUAAGCUCGGUUAUAGGGGUAAAAAAGAGGCAAGUUUCAUUGGGUGCUGGCUCAAAAUCAAGGGACAAGGUUCUGAUAGUUGAAGGUGUAUCACUAGAGGCUGUGUAUAAUGCUCUUGAUACAGGAUUACAUAAUCCCUGAUGAAAAAAAUGACAUUUUUUUUAAAGACAAGAAUGUCUGUAGGAUUUGAACCUGUGUCAACUUCAUUUUAAAGUUUUUCAUACCACUUGGCCACCUUGAUGAACAAAAUGUUGCAUUUGUACAAUCUUUUUGAUUUGGACAAAAAAUUGAAAAUUUUGUUCUAUUCACAUGA